AUGCGAACGGACGCAACUGUGGGGAGCUCCGGGCGCCGACCACACUCUGCACUAAUUAACGGGAUAGCCAGCGGUUGCCGCAAGUCCAGGGCCUAUCGGGGUACAAGACCAGCUGAACUGGAAGAGCUCUACAGCUCCCCCUGGCUACCUGACAACCCUCCACAACACACAGACACCAUGGGGCGCAGAACCCAGAAAACUCAGGUUGGCCCCAGCAAAGACUCCCAAGAUAUAGGGGAGAUGUUACAACGCCCAAUGCCAUCCAAGAUGGCGGCCCUGCCCAACCAACAUACCCACAACCGGUGGCGCUGA